CACAAGUGCAUCACAUGAUCAGCUGAUGACUUCCCCUCUUUUGAUGGGUACAGGAUCAUCAUCCUUCGGUCUUUCCAUUCAAAUGCACGAAGGAUCGAUAUCCUCUUACUCUCGAUUCAUUGUUUAGAAUUUGUAUAAUAUCUAUCUCUCGACACAGUAGGUUUGUUAUACAUUAGACAAAAAACUGACUGUUCAGUUUGAUUGCAUUAUGAACGGGCACGCCAUUCUCUACGUCGGGGUCACUUUGGCCUUUUGGAGUACAAUUCUCGUAGUCGGAAUAUGCUACACAAUAUUUGACUUGGGAUUUCGGUUUGAUGUGGCAUGGUUCCUGACAGAGACAUCCCCUUUUAUGUGGGCAAACCUUGGGAUUGGCCUCGCUAUAUCGCUCUCAGUCGUUGGGGCAGCUUGGGGCAUUUACAUCACUGGAUCCAGCAUCAUUGGUGGAGGAGUCAAAGCCCCAAGGAUUAAAACCAAGAAUCUUGUCAGCAUCAUUUUCUGUGAAGCCGUUGCCAUCUAUGGAAUUAUCAUGGCUAUUGUGAUCAGCAAUAUGGCUGAGGACUUCAAGGGUACCACUCCAGAAACCAUUGGGGCAAAGAACUAUCAAGCAGGUUACUCCAUGUUUGGUGCUGGUCUCACUGUUGGCUUCUCCAAUCUCUUCUGUGGCAUCUGUGUGGGUAUUGUUGGAAGCGGGGCUGCCUUGGCAGACGCGCAGAAUGCCAGCCUCUUCGUGAAAAUCCUCAUUGUUGAGAUCUUCGGCAGUGCCAUCGGUCUGUUUGGAGUCAUUGUGGCCAUCUUGCAGACAUCGAAAGUAAAAAUGGGAGACUAGACGAAGGCCCUGAUGAGAUGUCCUGGAAGACUAUGGAUACGAUGCAAAAGGUGGAAUGUGUAAAUACAUAGUAUGUUUAUUUAAUUGUUAUUUUUCUUCUGUCUGUGAUUUACUUUGUUUGUACAUUUUUAACCAUCAUUUGCUGAAGAGUGAUAUGUUUGCGUCAGUUUGUCUUAAAGAAGUGCAAAAUUCACAAGAAAUCAACAAGUCCAGGGGACAGGAUCUUUCUUUUCCAAAUCUAAAAGAAUGAAAGCAGAUAUCAUAAACAACUCGAAAAAGUAAACAUCCUCUAUAUGUAAAAUCAAAGUGGACCCAAGACGAGUAUUUAAGUGGGUGAGAAUCGCUUUAUAUUUUUAAUGUGAGAACUACUUGAAAUGAACUCUCUGCAUGAUGUUUUAUUUGAAAGUUCAGAGAUGUCUUAUAAUGAAUUGGUCUUUGAGUCUAUUUGGAUAAGAACAUAUAUAAAUAUAUAUACAAAUAUAUAUGAUGGUACAUGUGGAAAUUUUCAUGUUCAUUGUACAAUUCACUGUGUGUGGUGUGAUAUACUAUCUGUGAAAGUGAGAGAUGCUACAAAAUGGUGAUCCCCUCCCCCCAUCAAAUUGUGUAAAAUACAGUAUUCAGUUGUUCCAUGGUAUGCAGAAAUGUGAUCUAAGAAGUAUAUACUAUUUUAGAAAUGAGUAACCAAACAACAGGUUCUUUUUCCCUGAUCAACUCCUGUUCUUUGUUAUUAAAUUCUUUAGUGUCGUCACCUGUGCACUGUAGAUUUAGAAGAUGGCAGCAUGUCAGACAUACACAUUUUCAAACAUCCUUUUUGGAAGCAUUUUUUUUUCCAUUAAGAUAUGUCUGGACAGAAGGCUGUCUUAUUUAGACCUCGUUGUUCAAAUGGCACUCUUGAGUUAGCAGUUGGUUAAAAAUAGAAGGUAUUGUAAUCUAUUCUGUGCGUGGCUGUGUGCGUGUGUGUCUGUAUGUGUGUAUGAGCAUGUGUGUGCGGGUGUAUGAGCAUGUAUGUGUGUGUGUGUGUGUGUGUGUAUUCACACACAAACAAGAUGUAUAUAAAGGGCACAUAUUUAUUUCUGAUGCAUGGUAGUGUCCACCAUUCCGAGAUCCGUUUUGUUCUCAACCGUCCCAGCACAGAAUAAGAAUUUGGAGUGGGAAAAAAAAAAAUCACACAGAACCAUAUCUCGGGUCAGUCUGUACUCUUCAUGAUUGUUGACAUUGACAGUGUGGUUCUGUCCCAUGGUCACGUGAAGGUUUGUUCUUCUCCCCAGACCCGUUUUGCCAUCUACGUUUCCCCUGUGACACUUGGUGAAGUUUCCCCUGGUGUGCUUUUGUCAGACCCCUACUUUGUCAUGGGGCAUGGCACAAUGAGUCACAGCAUGUGCAAACCACUUGCCCCCAGAGCUUUUACAGAUAGCAGUAGGCUCACAGUCAACCAGUUUGCCUUCUGUUCAUUUUGUAUUUUCUGUUCUGAAUUGUUUCAUUAGUUUGUAUGUGGGUGCGUGCUGUUUUUCUUUUUUCUUUUUUGGUUUUGUUUUAACAAGUUUGCUGAAAGACAUGUGUUUACUCUCCUGGAGUAAAUGUACCAGUUAUGUCUUUACUCUGUUCAAUGCGCUGUUUCUGUGUUGUGUGGAAAAAUACCCUUCUACUGUGUGUUUUGUUUGUUUGUUUUCUUUUUUUAAAUUAACAUUCCAUUACGGUUCUGCAUAAAAUAACUUAACACUGCUCAAAAUGCUUAUGGAGGUCAUUGGAACACCAGCAGGAGCAUUAACAAACCUGAAGGGGGCAGUGUUGCUCAGGCUGUACAAUCAGCCCUCUUCAGUAGUCAUCCGAAUUAUGUAAAAAGAUCUCCAAGACCAUCGUUGAUGGUCAUAGGAGAAGCAGUUCGCGAUGCUUUCCAGGAUCAGAAAAUAGGCCUCAUGUCACCCCCUCCCCCCUUUAAAUGUGGCUGUUUGCUCUGUGGAUGUGGUAAACCCAUUGUUUUGAUGUGGAAAAGUGAUUCCCCUUGGUCCCUAAUUGUUCUUGAACAAAAAUAAAAGAAAAAGACUGGAAACAUGAA